UUCAUUACAUUUGCCUCUAAAAUCCCAAAACACACACAUACAUACACAAAUGACAAAACACAAUGCUUCACACUCUCUCACUCCCAACCCCUUCUUGCUCCUCCAUUCCUACCAAAACCUCAAAACCCAACAAAACCCCUUCAUCUCCUCUAUACAUCAAGUUUCAUACAUCCCACCGUGACAACCUCCGCUACCUUAAAGCCCUUGGCAUCAUUCACAACAAGAAGCCCCCCUCAAUCAACACAGACACUAACACCAUCGACCAUGUCCUUGCCACAGUUGAGUUCUUCAAAUCCAAGGGCUUCACAGAGCCUGACUUCCCUAGACUCGCUUACCUUUGCCCACAACUCUUCACUACAAACUGUGACCCCACUGACUUCGCUCCAGUUUUUGAUUUCUUGGCCACCAAGUUACCUGCCACCACCGAAGAAUCACGCAGCUUAAUCCUCCACUGCCCUCGCCUUCUCUUUUCAGAUGUCGAGUUCUGUCUCCAGCCCACUCUGGAUUAUCUAAGGCAGCUGGGGAUGGAGAAUUUGAGCUCGCCAAGUAGUCUUAACGCGCAUCUUUUGAACACGCGAGCUAAUAAGCUGAGAGAGAAGAUUGGGUUCUUGAGGAGCAUUGGGUUUUCUCAGGAGGAGGCUGAAAGGGCUUGUGUUAGAUUGCCUGCGAUGUUUGGUUAUAGUAUUGAUAAUAACUUGUGGCCAAAGUUUAAGUAUUUGGUGGAUAAGAUGGAAAGGAGUGUGGAGGAAUUGAAGAAGUUUCCGCAGUAUUUUGGGUUUAGUUUGGAGAAGCGGAUAGUGCCGAGGCAUCUGCAUUUGAAGGAGAGGAAUGUUCAGAUUCCAUUGAAUAGAAUGUUGUUAUGGAGUGACCAAAAGUUUUAUGCCAAGUGGAAAUGAAAUUUUGGCAUGGUUCUUUAUGA